AUGGAUGCCACUAAGACUGUUUAUGUGGGAAGCAUCCCAUUUGAUCAAACAGAAGAACAAGUGAUGGAGAUUGCUAAAUCAAUUGGUCCUGUGGUGGACAUGAAACUUCUCUUCGAUCCGUUGACCGGGAAGUCCAAAGGAUAUGCAUUUGUAAAAUACACUGAUCAUGAAACAGCUGCAUCUGCUGUACGGAAUUUAAAUAAUUUUGCCUUGGGUAAUCGAAUGCUUAAAUGUUCAUUUUCUAGUGAUAAUUCCAUACUGUCAGAAUUUGGAGUUGAAAAUGGAGUUGCAGGUUCAUCGGGUUCGUAUGAAGCAUCUGAUUCAAAUUCACUCCCAGCAUUACCGCCUGGUAUGCAAUUAUUUGCCAAUCAAACGCCUCCACAAGCAGUAUCUGGAGCUUUAUCCACGUUAGACCAGGCGUCUGCGUAUCAACUCAUAGCUGAAGCUAAGCAAAUGGCAAAGACUAACCCUCAACUUACUCGCACCUUGUUGGAACAAUGUCCUCAAUUGGCUCAUGCACUUGUGGAAACAUGUUUACUUUUAAAUAUGGUGACACCAGACAUCAUUCAAAUGUGUUUAAAUAAAAAGAUGACAGAUAUUGAUCAACUUAGUGUCGAUCAUGUUGAACUUUUGAAGCAAGUUAAUCUGUUGACUGAGGCUGAGACUAACCUGCUUCCAGAAGAUAAACGGAAAGUUGUCAUUCAAAUCAGAGAUGAAAUCAAAAAGGGUUCAUAUGGUACUAUAUACUAG